AGGUGACCAGAAUGGAGCUGUGGCCAGGGGCCUGGACGCUGCUACUGCUGCUCUUCGUGCUGCUGCUCUUCCUGCUGCCCACCCUGUGGUUCUGCAGCCCCAGUGCCAAGUACUUCUUCAAGAUGGCCUUCUACAACGGCUGGAUCCUCUUCCUGGCUGUGCUCGCCAUCCCCGUGUGCGCCGUGCGAGGACGCAACGUCGAGAACAUGAAGAUCUUGCGUCUGAUGCUGCUCCACAUCAAAUACCUGUACGGGAUCCGAGUGGAGGUGCGAGGGGCUCACCACUUCCCUCCCUCACAGCCCUAUGUCGUCGUCUCCAACCACCAGAGCUCCCUCGACCUGCUUGGGAUGAUGGAGGUCCUGCCAGGCCGCUGUGUGCCCAUUAAGCGUGAGCUCCUGUGGGCCGGCUCUGCCGGGCUGGCUUGCUGGCUGGCAGGAGUCAUCUUCAUUGACCGGAAGCGCACUGGGGAUGCCAUCAGUGUCAUGUCCGAGGUUGCUCAGACCCUGCUCACACAGGACGUGCGGGUCUGGGUUUUUCCUGAGGGCACGAGAAACCACAAUGGCUCCAUGCUGCCCUUCAAACGUGGCGCCUUCCACCUCGCAGUGCAGGCCCAGGUUCCCAUCGUCCCCAUAGUCAUGUCAUCCUAUCAAGACUUCUACUGCAAGAAGGAGCGCCGCUUCACUUCGGGCCGAUGUCAGGUGCGGGUGCUGCCCCCAGUGCCCACAGAAGGGCUGACCCCAGACGAUGUCCCAGCUCUGGCCGACAGAGUCCGGCACUCGAUGCUCACCGUCUUCCGGGAAAUCUCCACCGAUGGCAGGGGUGGCGGCGACUACCUGAAGAAGCCCGGAGGGGUGGGCGAGGCCCGGCUCUGAGCUCCCUU